UAUUAUUUAAUAUUAUAUAACUUGUAGUUGAUGGUGUAACAAUAAAAAAUAAAAUAAUAAUAUUUAAGCAUAGUAAAUCUUUCGAUCUUAUUUUCUGGAAACAUUUAUCUAAAUUAAUUAUAUAUUCCGUGAGUUUGUAGAGAGCCGUAGCAGUGUAAUUGUGUAGCCUCAAUACAAUGGAUUAUUCUCGUACAAGUGAUGAAACCAACACUUUGUUGAAAAAAAGAAAUACACAAUACAUGAAAUGGAACCAAAAACUAUUUAAAUGGCCUUUCAAUGUAAUUUGGUUAAUUGUUUUUUUGCUGUGUACUGCUUAUGUCUUGUACAUUUUCAUAAACAAUGAUGUAGAAUCGGAAUCCAGCAAUACACCUAAAAAUAAACAUCCAUUACACAUCGCGAGUAUUGCAACCACAAACGAUGAUUUCUUAAAAAAAUGUGCUCCUAUAGUUAAAUGUGAUCCAAACGCCAAAUACAGAAGUAUGAAUGGAUCUUGUAAUAAUUUGAAAACACCUACAUGGGGCGCAGCAGCAACUCCAUUUCUUCGGUUGCUUGAUGCUAAUUUUAGUGAUGGUUAUUAUGAUUUACGAGUACAGACAAAUGGAAGUGCAUUACCCUACCCCAGGGUGCUAGACGUUAACAUAUUUCUGAACCGUGAAAUAUAUAGAGUAGAUGAAAAUAAUGUACUUUUAUUGCCAUUUGGACAGUUAUUAGCCCAUGACAUAUCGGGUAUGCCCAAUGAUCUAAUAUUUAAUGAGAGUG